GCUCCCCGCACGCACCGGAGCGCCCGGCUCCCUCCUCCUGCUCCUCGUCCCUCCUCCCUUCCCCUCCUCCCCCCUUCCCUCCCCGGGUCGCCUUGGCUCCGGGAGGAGCGGGGGGGGGCCCUGCUUCCUUCCCUCCCCCCCCUCCUUCUCCCACCCGCUACGCCGAGGAGAGGCAGAAGUGACCAUGGGGUGCAUUAAAAGCAAAGAAGAUAAAGGUCCAGCCAUGAAAUACAGAACUGAUAAUACUCCAGAACCUGUUAUUUCCCACGUCAGCCAUUAUGGAUCAGACUCCAGCCAAGCAACACAGUCACCGUCAAUAAAGGGAUCAGCAGUUAAUUUUAAUAGUCAUUCCAUGACUCCUUUUGGAGGGCCCUCAGGAAUGACACCGUUCGGAGGAGCAUCAUCAUUUUCAGCUGUGCCAAGUCCAUAUCCUAGUACUUUAACAGGUGGUGUUACUGUAUUUGUGGCCUUAUAUGAUUAUGAAGCUAGAACUACAGAUGACCUUUCAUUUAAGAAAGGUGAACGGUUCCAGAUAAUAAAUAACACGGAAGGAGACUGGUGGGAAGCAAGAUCCAUUGCUACGGGAAAAACAGGCUACAUCCCAAGCAAUUACGUAGCUCCUGCAGACUCUAUUCAAGCAGAAGAGUGGUAUUUUGGUAAGAUGGGCAGGAAGGAUGCAGAAAGGCUACUUUUAAAUCCUGGGAACCAGCGUGGUAUUUUCUUAGUAAGAGAGAGCGAAACCACUAAAGGUGCUUACUCCCUUUCCAUACGUGACUGGGAUGAGGUCAGAGGUGAUAAUGUGAAACACUACAAAAUCAGAAAACUUGACAAUGGUGGAUACUAUAUCACAACUAGAGCACAAUUUGAAUCUCUGCAGAAGUUGGUGAAACACUACAGAGAACAUGCUGAUGGGCUGUGUCAUAAGCUAACAACCGUGUGUCCCACUGUGAAACCACAAACACAGGGACUAGCAAAAGAUGCCUGGGAAAUUCCUAGAGAAUCCUUGAGGCUGGAAGUUAAGUUGGGCCAAGGAUGUUUUGGUGAAGUAUGGAUGGGAACAUGGAAUGGAACCACAAAAGUAGCGAUCAAGACACUAAAACCUGGUACAAUGAUGCCAGAAGCUUUCCUGCAGGAGGCUCAGAUCAUGAAGAAAUUACGACAUGACAAACUUGUUCCGCUCUAUGCCGUCGUUUCUGAGGAACCAAUCUACAUUGUCACUGAAUUCAUGACAAAAGGCAGCUUGCUAGACUUCCUUAAAGAAGGAGAAGGGAAAUACUUAAAACUCCCACAGCUUGUGGACAUGGCUGCUCAGAUUGCUGAUGGCAUGGCUUACAUUGAAAGAAUGAACUACAUCCACAGGGAUCUCCGGGCAGCUAACAUUCUUGUAGGAGACAAUCUUGUGUGUAAAAUAGCAGACUUUGGUUUAGCAAGGUUAAUAGAGGACAAUGAGUACACUGCAAGACAAGGAGCUAAAUUUCCAAUUAAAUGGACUGCUCCAGAAGCAGCAUUAUAUGGUCGGUUUACAAUCAAGUCCGAUGUGUGGUCAUUUGGAAUUUUACUGACAGAGCUGGUAACAAAGGGGAGAGUGCCAUAUCCAGGGAUGGUGAAUCGGGAAGUUCUGGAACAAGUGGAACGUGGAUAUAGGAUGCCUUGCCCACAAGGCUGCCCAGAGUCUCUCCAUGAGUUAAUGAAACUCUGUUGGAAGAAGGACCCUGAUGAGAGACCAACAUUUGAAUAUAUACAGUCGUUCUUGGAGGACUACUUUACUGCUACAGAACCACAGUACCAGCCUGGAGACAAUUUAUAAGCCAAUAGUCUGUAUAACAUGCACAAAUAUGCCAAAUGUAAAAGACUUGCAAAGAAUUCCUGAAGUCUAUAAGGAAUAAAAGGAAAGAAAAUCUUCAUUACUUUGCAUGCUCUUAAUGGCAAACUGGAAUUUCGUAAUGCAGUUGCACAAAACCACUUUUAAAGUGUUAUAAUCUAACUUACCAAUGACGUUGUUGUUUUUUUCCUCUUUCCCAACUUGUUUUCAGGGUCCAACGGAAGCUUACUGAAAAUACAGGGUAGAAAAAUGAGUGUUGGUGUGAACAACAGCAGAAAAAACAAUGUUUCAAAUCCUUUAUUUUCCCAAUGUUUGAUAAUCAUUCUACUAAAGAGGGAAUUGUCUGGAAUUAGUGAUCUUGUGGUAAGACAUUUUUAAAGCAGAAGAACUUUGUGGGACCAAGCAAUUCUAUUCCAGUUCUGUAAAACUCCCUGUGUUCAAAAUUACAUGUGUGUGCGCCCCACCGCUCAAAAAAAAAAAAAAAGAUGGUACAACUGUAUUUGAUAUAUAGUCUUGAUCUUUAAGCUUCCUCUUGCAUGGACUUAAUUAGGGUAGGCAAGUUAAAAGAGAAAUUGGAACAGUGAAUGACAAACUUGAUCUAAAUGGUAGACCUCAAUAGUGAAAUUAGAGAGCAUAAUGCACUGUGUUAAUACUUUUAUUAAUAUAACUGGAAAGUAGCAUGAGAGAUUUUUCUUUUUCUCUUUCUGCAUAGCUAAUUAAGAAUAAUGAAGGUAACUAGGAAAUGAGGUAAUAUUUUAUAAAAUUGUGUUGAUAAAGUAUGAUGAUAUUUGAACUUGAAGCUAUGUAAUACAAUCGGGGGGGAAGCCUUUAAUCUUUUAAGCUCCAAUCCAACAGCGAGCUUUUGUAUGGGAAGACACCUGAACAAAGCUCACCAGGAAAGCAAGGCUGAAGCUGGUAAAUGGCCACUUUUUAGUCCUUUUUCAGACAGGUUUGGUACUGUUGUAUGUGGCUUUUAUGUGUUAACAAGGGUGGGUGCCGCAAAUGCUAGCUGUCACUAGUUCAGGGAUUUGAUUGCACUUUUGCUUUUCUUGACUAUUAAGACACGCUUACAUGCAGUUGCUCUUCCCACUUCUGCCCUUCCUACAGAAUUAUUUAAUGAAAAAAUAAACAAAAGAAAAUGUGAAAGUUUAAAAACUAAAGGGAUAAAAUAUAUUUAAUAUUGUCCAAAUAGUGACAUUGAAAUUUGCUGGCAUUCAGCCCAGCUGACACUACAUCUAGAUUUAUUCUCUUUGGCUACUGACAUAUCAAGCAAUAACAUCAUGUCUUUUACUCAACAAUUUGCAUGAGGUUCUUGAAUUUCUGAUCAACUUAUGUACCUUAAUUUUGAAACACUAAACUCUUACUUAGUUACCAGGUUGGAAUUCAUAUUAUCAUUGUAAAGCUAUCCAACAAAUGAAUUUCAGAAAAACUGGUAAUAUAGUUCUGGUACUAAACUUAACAUUCUUCGUGGGUUUACAUUACAUUGAAUACCACUUCCAAACAGAUCUUUGUAAGAACAGUGCCAUCAUUUUUCAUUUUCCCUCAUCAUUGCUCAUCACCUAUACAUAUGUGGUUAUCAGAUUUUAAAAGGGCUUUAUGUAAGAAAAACAAAAAUAAAAAACCACACACAAAAAAAAUUGAAAACCCAAAAUACAAUGGAAUUUUAAUUUUUCUAAAUAUUUUAAAAUUAAUAACACAAUCAUAUGAGUUUAUGUAUUAAUACAGUUAUAACAAAAAAUGCCAAAAAUGACACUGGCAUUGUUUGGAUUUUUAAUUACUGAAUGGAACAGUUCAUUGUAAUAACACUUGUAUAGUAAAGGAAUAAAACACUAACUUAAUGAACAUGUUCAUUGUAAAUGGUUGUGUAUUAUAAGACUUCUCCAAAAGAGUUUGUAUGUUUAUGAAAAUGUAUUUGUUUCACCUGAAGACCUUGAUGUGGUUCUUACCCUAACAGAGUUUAAAAUUCACAUUCACACUUUUUAUAUAAAUAGUAAUAAGUUUAAUUAUGUAACUAAGUAUUUUUAUAAAGUAUGGCAUUGUUGAACUGUUUUGCAGAAUUGGUUCAAAAUAAAUUUCUCCUUGAUUGUAUCUUCUUAUUUGAGCAGGGGGGAAGGCAGUAGGGGGACAAAAGCACAGUAGCCUUCAUAUUGAGGGGAAAAGGAGGGGAAUUUUUAUCCUCUAUUUUAAUGUAUUUUCAUACAAGAUGCUGAGUUCGUGGUGCAUUAUUGCUGUGAAAAGGGAGACAUUUUCUAGAGCAGUUCAGAAGUCCUUGGCAGGAAUGGGCUAGAACAAUUCUGUCUGGACUUAAAACUAACUCCCAUGACAGACAGACAGACUUGGGAUUCUUGUGAGAGCAAGUCCAACGUAGACUCUCAGCUGGCAGUCAAUGCCAUGCUGUAGGGCAAACACAUUUCCUCUCUCUUGCUUUAUCUGGUAUUAGCAGCCACUGUUGGCUUCUGUGCAAUUUUUCAGGGAAUUUUAUACAUUUGUUAUUGUGAUAGCUGAUGUUUUCUCAACUUCAUUGAAUGUUACCUGUCUCAAUGACCAGUACAACUCAAACCACAAGUCCUGACAUGUAUAUACAGUGCCACUGUAGAUUAAGGAGCUAGUACUGUUUGAGUUUCAAUAGUAAUUAAUACAGCACUAAAACCAUUCUUCUUACAGAACCUACGAACUGCAAAGUUUACUGUAUUUUUAGUAUUUCCUGUAAUGUAAUUAAUGUUUUACUAUUUUUAAUGACAGCAAUCAUGUAAUUUCUGGUAAUCUGUACUCUCCCUGUUGUCCACCAGAACAUUGUGAUACCCAUUCUGCAUGCUACGCCUGCAGAUUUUUUCUGUCAUGCGUUGUUUCAAGCUGUAGUAUUUUAAGAAUAUUUUCAUACCAUUUUUGAGUAAACUUCCAAACAUAAAAAGUGUAUGAUCCUACUAUUUAGAUAAAAUACAUCCCCAUUUUAGCAUAAAGCAUUAUGAAAAGAACCUUAUGUUUUCUUAUUCUUGCAACCACUGAAUUGUCAUUUCAUUAGGUGUGAAUAGCUCUUACCACUGAAAAGUAGCCUUGGAAAGUCUCCUAGAGUUUGCUGAUGGGUAGAAUCAAGCCGGAAUGCUAUCUUACCUGUAGUCAUCUACAAUACUGUUUAUUCUAAAACACAUUAUCCACAGCUGGAAUGAGUAUAAAUGAAUAUAAACAACUAAACUGAAUGAGCCCCCACUUCUGUUAUUUAUUUUGAUCUGUUCAAUCCAAUAAACUUCUCAGUUUUUAA